AUCGAUAUGUGGUCAACAUUUUCCAACACUAAAUGCAGUCACUGGUUGAUUAAUCGCCGAAAAUAUUGCCAGCCAUUGCGAGAAAAUCAUGGCAAAACUAUUCUAAUGGUUUUUCUGCUAAAACAAUGCCUAAUGAGACAUGUAACUUGCAUUUGAACCAACUUUCUUAUAUAUGCGCAAAGCCUGCAAUAAUCGGAUGCAAUUUUCGCGAAAAGAAUUCGUUUUGAAAGCGUAAACAAGACAGACCUGCUGGCCUGUCAAAAGUCGUGUUAUUUAAUAAUUUAAGCGCAGCAUCGAGUGCGUCCGCCGACUGCGAAACGAUUAAUCGCGAAUUGCCUUCUCCACGGUGACCAAAAGUUAUAAAAUAGUGCCGUUUUGCUAAAUUAAAAACUUAAAGAAACUGUGGAAAGCGAACUUUAAAUCGACUAUUAAACCAGCCGUGCAGUAAAGUGCCGAGCCCCUUGACGGUCUGUGCGAGUGAAGCGUUGUGAAUUGGCACAUAUCUCCGCGAUAAUCAUGUAAAGAAAACGUCACACGAAUAAGAGCUUGUCGGCGAUGUAAAUAAAAUUUUUUACUUCUGCUCCUGUGGAAAAUCACACAGUAAAGUUUUACAAACUUUGAUGUUGAAGAUUUUGUCGGAGAACGAGUGAAUAUAGAGUCUACCGAUUACUCAAGGAUAAGUGUACGAACCGCAGGGCGCUGAGAGGGGUGUCUGCGGCUCUUUCGAGUGCUCCGAUCCUAUUCGUCGAAGACGCUACGAUGCAUGCAUCCUCCGCCGCAGCGACUGCACUUGUGGAGUACUCGGACGUCAGCUCGGAGGACUUUUCAGAUCCGGAGACCGGCGAUUUGGACGCAAACGAUUCUGGAAAGGGGGCGACCACAAACACAAAAAAACCAAAGCCAGCUACGGAUAAUCAAUUUACCAGAAACCGUCUUGGUCCUAAGCCCGAUAAGGAGGGUUAUGAUAAUUUCAGGAAAAGACGACCCGAAGAUUCAAACCAAUCCGAUCCGGCCGGAUCGAGACAAACGUCCAGCAGUGAGACCACAAAUCACCGGGAGGAUCCCUCCCAGGUGUCUAACACAUCCAAAGCUGAGUUGUGGGGUCGGGAGAUUUACAUGUCCAGCGACUCCAUCGACACUGACGAGCUGGAGGCGGAGAUGAAACGGCAAAAGCGCAAGAAACAAAAAAAGGACAAGCACAAACACAAGUCGAAGAAGAAGUCCAAGAAGCGAAAGAAGAAGCGGGCCAAAUCUUACUCUAGCAUUGAUUCGAUGUCGGAUAAUGAUGACAUCAAUGCCUUACUAGACCGCAGAUACACACCGCCUACCGCCCCGAGCAAAAGUAGUGAACGGACGGUAAGCGCGGGGCCGUCCUCCUUCACCCCGCACAAUCACAAGGAGAACAGUUCGCCAGCAACUCCACCGCCGGCGCGUCGCACCAACACCAGCAAUAAUGCCUACUACGGAGAGUCAACUUCUGUAGAAACGGCCAAUGCUGCACUGGGUAGCAAUUUGCAGGUUACAGUAACAAAUAAGCAGACAAUCAGCAGCCGUCAUCGUUCCCCUCAGACCUCAGCGCGUGGCAGUGGCAACGGGCCGAGGUUUGGCAACUCCCCGAGAACACCUCCGCAUUCACAUUACACAUCCUCAAGCGGCGGCGGCGGUGGAGGUGGUGGUGGUGGAUCUGGGCCCCGAGAUUCUCGCAGUUCCCGAUAUGUGCCGAGUCCUCACAAAGAGGAUUUGACUACGCACCAUCGUUCCAGUCACGAACAUGGCUUUCAGUCUCGUUACUCUGCAGCAAGUGCAACCAGCCAUGAUGCCAGAAAAGUGAAGCGGCUUUCUCCGGAACUGGAUCGGUACAACCAUCAUCCAAGCACGCCUCCCCACAAGCGGCGGAAAUUCAGCGAUGGUCGGGAUGUGGCAACCAUUGGCGGGAGCUUCGAACACAAUAGGCAUCACUCGGGAAAAUACGAUCGUUACAGCAGGGAUAGGUAUUCCAGGAGGUCAUCCAGAAGUCCUAAUGUGCAACACCACCCACGUAAUCGACAAUCCCCCGCAGGUGGCCUUUCUUCCAGCGGAGCAGCUACGAAUGCGUUUCGACAUGGCAGCAGCCACAAACACAAGUAUGGUACGAAUGCCGGAUCGCCACCUUCUCAUACGACGAGGUCGACAAAGCGCUCUUCGGGAAUCGGUAUCUCUUCCACCGAUCGCUACUCAAGAUCGCCGCGAACGAGUUCGCGCUACUUGGAGACGGCAUCAUCGCCUUCACCUGUUGGCGCCUCCAGCUCCUAUCACCAUCACCAUCGUCGCUCACCAAAGCUACACCAGAGGACUAGAGGAGACAGUCGCCGCAGAUCUCCAAGCUCUGUCAGCAGCGGCAGCUCUGCCUCUCCCAGUCGAUCGCCCACGUCGCGUGAUCUGAAACACAAGCGUGAAGAGUAUAUUAAAAAGAUCAGCGAAACAAGUCUAUUUGCCGAGCUUGUGAAGGACCGUCAUAAAAGGCAGAAGGCGCUGAAGGAAAUCAUUGAGCGGCAGGAAGAAAACAGUAAUAGCACCACCAACAGCAACGGAGCACUUACAAUUAACGAUAACAGUUCCUCGGUGGAUGGAAAUACGCCCAACACUGGUGACUGCCCCCGAUCUGUCCCUAGUUGUGGAACUCCUGCAACCAUGGCCACAAUGGUCUCAAACGGUCUUGCAGGUCUUGGAAGCAAUAAACCAGAUGUGGACCUUAACAACAUUCCCAUGCCAAACAAGGAGAACGAGGCAUUGGGCUCGAACCCUGGUCCGAGCACCGAUAUCCCCGAUUGUUCCACGCCAAUUAAGCAAACAGUUGAAGCUGUAGCUCUAGCCGUCUCAGCGAACAAGUACAGCCUUAAACCGAAGAGCCUAACUGCGUUACCGCUGCCGCCUGGUAUGAAUGCCCUCGACCUGGUCAACGCAAGAUCUCCAUCGCCAGCGCAAAAGAAGAAGGAAUCCGACGAAAAGAACAUUAAUCCCAGCGCCAGCGCCGGACCCAACAAGAGUCUGUUAAAUCUACCCAUGCCGCCAGUUAUUCCCGGCAGCGAGGAACUGAGCGGCGAUGAUGACGUCAUUGACAGUCCCGAAGACUUUGAUGCUCCGGCCGGAAGUAGUGGUUCAGCUGGCGGGUCAACAAGCCGUCGUCGACCAGUGAUAUUAAAUCGCCGGGAUUCGCGGAACAACAUUCGCGACUGGGGCGAGCGAUGUGUGGACGUGUUUGAGAUGAUUGCCCAAAUUGGAGAAGGAACUUACGGCCAGGUCUAUAAGGCGAGGGAUCAUCAUACUAACGAUAUGGUGGCUCUCAAAAAAGUGCGUCUAGAGCAUGAAAAGGAAGGCUUUCCCAUAACUGCUGUUCGUGAGAUAAAAAUAUUGCGUCAACUGAACCAUCGAAACAUAGUCAAUCUUCACGAAAUUGUGACCGACAAACAGGAUGCUGUGGAAUUCCGUAAGGACAAGGGCUCCUUCUACCUGGUCUUUGAAUACAUGGACCACGAUCUGAUGGGACUGCUCGAGUCAGGAAUGGUCGACUUCAAUGAGGAGAACAACGCCAGCAUUAUGAAGCAGCUUCUGGAUGGGCUAAAUUAUUGCCACAAAAAGAAUUUUCUGCACCGAGACAUCAAGUGCUCAAACAUUUUAAUGAACAACAGGGGAAAAGUUAAACUGGCUGACUUCGGUUUAGCUCGACUUUAUAAUGCCGACGACCGAGAGCGACCGUACACAAACAAAGUGAUUACCCUAUGGUACAGGCCACCAGAACUGUUGCUGGGUGAGGAGCGAUACGGACCUUCCAUCGACGUCUGGUCUUGCGGCUGCAUUCUCGGGGAACUGUUUGUCAAGCGCCCCCUGUUCCAGGCCAAUGCAGAAAUGGCCCAAUUGGAGACCAUAUCGAAGAUAUGCGGUUCACCUGUUCCGGCCGUGUGGCCGAAUGUGAUCAAGCUGCCGCUGUUUUACACACUCAAGCAAAAAAAGACUCAUCGACGUCGCCUACGGGAAGACUUUGAGUUUAUGCCAGCACCAGCACUAGACCUGCUCGACAAAAUGCUAGAUCUGGAUCCGGACAAGCGCAUUACGGCCGAAGAUGCACUACGGUCGCCGUGGCUAAAGAAAAUCAACCCCGACGAAAUGCCAACACCACAACUGCCCACGUGGCAAGACUGCCACGAGCUGUGGAGCAAGAAGCGACGUCGACAGCUGCGGGAACAACAGGAGUCGCUUCCACCGACGGUGAUCGCAUCCACCAAAUACCAACAGCACGGAGCUGCCAUGGUGGGAGAUGCUUAGCAUUUGCUGUACGCCUCGCUGCUCGAUAAUGAGCGCAAUGGGGAGGAGUGUUCCUGGUGGAACUAAUGACAACUAGCCGUAUCUGGUAGUUAGUAGUAAUGGCAUUAUGCUAUCCUUGUGACAGGGCCAGAAUAGGUUUACUUGGACUUGAUCUAGCCGCUGUCAACCCUAAGACAGCAACAAUAAAGUCUUGGCUAUA